UGUUUAUGCACUGAACUGCUGAAACCCAAAAAGCUGCUUUAAAAUACUUGCAAUUGCAUCGCCUGCUCAACUAACAACAUGGAUAGAAAAGAAGACACUGGAGCAUCAGCUUCUACAUCAUCUUCAGAGAGCGCAGAUCGAAGCAGUGUUGACCUACAAGUUAGAAAUCAAGAAUUGCUUGUGGCAGGUUCUGCAGUAUUAUUUCAAGCAGAAAAAAAUAUGAAGGCUGAUAUUGCUUCAUCAAAUGUUAACAUGAUCGCAGCUGAAGCAGCGAUAGUUAAAGGGCGAGUAGCAAUUGCAAAUUUUUAUGGCAACGUCAACAUCAACAUAGAUCAUACAGAUGCAGCCCCUUCACAUCCUUCCACACCAUCAGUCCCAACUGGAACACCGGUUCAGCCAUUGCCAGAAACGGGCCCAGCAAUUGCUCCUGUGUAUAAAGGGAAUCCACCAGGCUUCUUCCAGCAAGUUACUAAGAAAUUAUUUGGAGGCGUGAGAAGCUUCAUUGAUUAUUUCAAUUGGAGAACAUGGAAGCAAACAACAGUCAAUGUUACAGAAAGCUACAAAGAUCAAAACUUGGAAGAACCUGAAUUUGAGGUCAAUCCCAAAUUAAACAAAGUGACUGGUUUUUACAGGGGACAGAUGGCACCUGAUGUCACAGAGUACAGGAAGGAAAAAGAGUUCGCUGUCACACAGGCGAACGAAAACAUUGGCGAAGUGAUCUCACCCAAUGAACUAGUCCAACAGCUCUGCGGGGAAGGUUGCCGAUGCGUAGGACUAGUGGGACAAGCUGGAGGGGGCAAGUCAACAAUGAUGAAACGUACUGCACGAGGCGUUCUUGUCGCUAAUGAACUGGAUAACGAAUCUAAAGCAAAAAUGGGAUUGUUCGCUCGGUUGUUCAGGAAACAGAAAAAUGGAUUCAAAUUUGUUCAUCACUUGAAUUUCAGAGACCUCCUUGUUUCUUAUGGUUUAACACCAGAAGAAGCCUUAACUCCAUGUACUCUGCUUUUUGGAAACUUUGCACCCAAUCUAUCAGAUCAAACUGUAAGAGCGGGAUAUGAAUGGCUUCAGCUACACCAAUCAGAAGCAAUUUUAUUUAUUGAUGGCCUGGAUCAGGCUAUAUGGAAUCUAGAGGGAAAUUACAAUAAGAUGACAUAUACUGAUAGAUCUAGUACAGCCACAAUCAUGUUUAAUAUCUUAUCAGGCAAUUUGUUUCCCGAUGUAACAUUAGUUAUUUCUUCACGCGAACACAGGAUGGCAUCCCUUCCCCUGAAGCUACGACCCCCAUUAAUUAUUGCUCUUGCUGGCCUUGAACGUGAUGACACCAAAAAACUAUUCACUGCUGUUGUAGGUGAAACAGGGGAAGAAUCCUGGAAGAAGAUGACGUUUCAGUCACCUGCACUCGUGCCAUUGUCUUCUGUCCCUUUAUUCUUGAUUUUCAAUGCAAUCGUUCAUAAAUCCAACCCAGAGAAUCUGCCAAAUACCAUGACUGAUGUAAUGACAAAAGUACUUCAUAUUUUCAUGCGUUCCUCACACACUCAGGAGAAAAAAUCCAUAGAAAUAAUUCUUCACAAUUUGAUGAAAAUGUCAUUUGAAGCCACUCGAGAAAAGCGAGUUAUUUUCAACAAUACCGAUCUAAAAAACGCAGGACUUACAAAAGAAAUGGUACGUGAUCUCAUCAUAGAAAUACCUGGAGGCAGCUCACUACUUAAUCAACAUCUUUUGGAAGGUGACACUCUGAUGUUCUUUAGUCAUCAAAUCCUUCAAGAAAUGUUAGCUGCUCUGUACAUCGCCAACAUGGAUCUCGCAACUUUCCAAGCAUUCGUCACUAGCGAGAUUCUCAAAGAUCACUGGUCCGUUGUUCUACGGCUCCUGUGUGGAACUGUUUUCGAUCAAAAAAUUAAAGCUCAAUUCAUCAAAGAUCUUACAACCGAGACUGGACUAGAAAAGCAAAAUUGUCUCAAACAUGCACUCACAACUAAGAUAAAUCAAUGUACGAAAUCCUAUCAGAAGUUGGAGUUGUUUGGUGCGUUAUAUGAAGCCAAUGAUGCCGAGCUCAUUAGAUCCCAUGUUCAAGAAAUCAACUUUGAAAAUGAGUCUUUCACUGCAGCAGGAAUGUGUGCAAUGUCAUGUGUCAUGCGACGAUGUGGCCAUCUUGAACAAGUUCGCCUCGUCAAUUGUGAGCUCAAUGCAGAAUUAAUGAAAAACUUCGAGUUCAACUUGAAAGGUUCUAUAGUGAAGGUGUCAGAAUUUGAUAUCAGCUUAAAUCCGAUGUCCGUUGAAGCUUUUGAUAUCUUUGGUUCAGUUUUAACAAACAUUGAAGUGGAAAAACUCGUUAUGCGUGGCUGCUCACUUACAGAAGAAAAGUUUCGUGUGCUUGGAAGACAUUCCCAUUUACAGAUUCGCGUUCUGGAUGUUGGAAAUAUCACAAACAUGACGUUUGAUCUGUAUCUUGCAAUUGUCAAGUUCGCAUCUGAACAUGAUGUCAAAGAACUUCUGAUGGAUCCGUGGGAUUUCUUCAAGGCAAGCGAAGAGCAGAUGUUGGAACUGAGUAAAUGGAAAGUUUGUGGAAAGAUCAAUGUUCUGGAUGUUCAAUCCAUCAGCCGAAUGCCAUCUGAUCUAUGUCUUACAAUAUCUGAGUUUGCAAGUCAAAGUGGAGUCAAAAAAAUUCUAAUGGAUUCGUUGGAUUUCUCCAAAGCAAAUAAAGAGCAGAUAAAGAAAUUGUGUGAAUACAAAUCUUGUGGGAAGAUAUCCACCAUUGAUAUCAGUCAAAACCCAAUGGAUGAAGAAGCUUUUGAUGCUCUUGGUGACCUUUUAUCAAACUAUGAAGUUGACCAACUCAUUGCAAAAAAUUGCCAACUAACAAAAGCAAAACUUGAUGCUCUUGGAAGUCAUUCUGGAUUAAAAUUAUCCAGGUUUGAUAUCAGUGAAAACCCGAUGGAUGAAAAAGGCUUUAAUGCUCUUGGUUCUGCUUUAACAACAAAUAUAAAAGUUCUUGACCUUGUCCUGCAAAAUUGCCAACUCACGAAAAAAAAACUGGAUGUUCUUGGAAGUCACUUUGGAUUACAGAUUGCAAAGUUGGAUGUCAGUCAUAAUUUUAUAAAUGAAGAAGCUUUUAAUGCACUUGGUUCACUUUCAAAUAGUGUUGGAGUUGAUGAGCUCAUCAUGCAGAAUUGCCAAUUAACAAAAACCAAACUUGAUGCUUUUGGGAGCCAUUCUCGAUUGAAGCUGUCCAGGAUUAAUAUCAAUGAAAACCCAAUGGAUGAAAAAGGAUUCAAUGCUCUCGGUUCUUUAUUAACCACAAAUAAUAAGGUUCUUCACCUUGUCAUGCAAAAUUGCGAACUCACAAAAGAAAAACUGGACGCUCUUGGAAGUCACUCAGAAUUAAAGAUUUGCUCUCUGGAUAUUCGAUCCAUAACCGGCAUGACAUUCAAUCUAUUUCUUGCAAUAUCUAAGUUUGCAAGUGAAAAUGAGGUCAAAGAACUUCUGAUGGACCCAUGGAAAGAGUUCAAAGCAACUAAAGAUCAAAUAUUGGAAUUGAGUAAAUGGAAAGUCGGUGGAAAGAUAUUCAUCAUUGAUAUCAGUCGAAACCCAAUGGACGAAGAAGCUUUUGAUGCUCUUGGUGACCUUUUAUCAAACUAUGAAGUUGACCAACUCAUUGCAAAAAAUUGCCAGCUAACAAAAGCAAAACUUGAUGCUCUUGGAAGUCAUUUUGGAUUAAAAUUAUCCAGGUUUGACAUCAGUGAAAACCCAAUGGAUAAAAAAAGCUUCAAUGCUCUUGGUUCCGCUUUAACAACGAAUAUAAAAGUUCUUGAACUUGUCAUGCAAAAUUGCCGACUGAAUAAAGAAAAACUAGAUGCUCUUGGAAGUCACUCAGGAUUACAGCUAUCCAAGUUUGAUAUCAGUGAGAACCCAAUGGAUGAAAAAGGAUUCAAUGCUCUCGGUUCUUUAUUGAUAGCAAAUAAUGAGGUUAUUGACCUUGUCAUACAAAAUUGCCAACUCACAAAAGAAAAACUGGACGCUCUUGGAAGUCACUCAGGAUUAAAGAUCAAUGUUCUGGAUGUUCAAUCCAUCAGCCGAAUGCCAUCUGAUGUAUGUCUUACAAUAUUUGAGUUUGCAAGUCGAAGUGGAGUCAAAAAAAUUCUAAUGGAUUCGUUGCAUUUCUCUAAAGCAAAUAAAGAGCAAUUAAAGAAAUUAAGCAAAUACAAAUUUUGUGGGAAGAUAUCCGUUAUUGAUAUCAGUCAAAAUUCUAUGGACGAGGAAGCUUUUGAUGCUCUUGGUGACCUUUUAUCAAAAUAUGAAGUUGACCAACUCAUUGCAAAAAAUUGCCAGCUAACAAAAGCAAAACUUGAUGCUCUUGGAGGUCAUUCUGGAUUAAAAAUUUGCACUUUGGAUAUUCGAUCCAUAACUGGCAUGACAUUCAAUCUAUUUCUUGCAAUAUCUAAGUUUGCGACUGAGAGUGAGGUCAAAGAACUUCUGAUGGACCCAUGGAAAGAGUUCAAAGCAACUAAAGAUCAAAUAUUGGAAUUGAGUAAAUGGAAAGUUUGUGGAAAGAUAUCCAUCAUUGAUAUCAGUCAAAACCCAAUGGACGAAGAAGCUUGUGAUGCUCUUAGUGACCUGUUAUCAAACUAUGAAGUUGACCAACUCAUUGCAAAAAAUUGCCAGCUAACCAAAGCAAAACUUGAUGCUCUUGGAAGUCAUUCUGGAUUAAAAUUAUCCAGGUUUGACAUCAGUGGAAAUCCAAUGGAUGAAAAAGGCUUCAAUGCUCUCGGUUCUUUAUUGACAGCAAAUAAUAGGGCUCUUGACCUUGUCAUGCAAAAUUGCCAACUCACAAAAGAAAAACUUGACGCUCUUGGAAGUCACUCAGGAUUAAAGCUGUCCAGGAUUAAUAUCAGUGAAAAUUCAAUGGAUGAAAAAGGAUUCAAUGCUCUCGGUUCUUUAUUAACAACAAAUAAUAAAGUUCUUCACCUUGUCAUGCAAAAUUGCCAACUCACAAAAGAAAAACUGGACGCUCUUGGAAGUCGCUCAGUAUUAAAGAUUUGCACUCUGGAUAUUCGAUCCAUAACCGGCAUGACAUUUGAUCUAUUUCUCGCAAUAUCUAAGUUUGCAUGUGAAAGUGAGGCCAAAGAACUUCUGAUGGACCCAUGGAAAGAGUUCAAAGCAACUAAAGAUCAAAUAAUGGAAUUGAGUAAAUGGAAAGUCUGUGGAAAGUUGGAUGUACUGAAGGUCAGUAACAACACGGAUCUUGGCACUGCUGGCUUUGGUGAAGUUGGAUUAGUUGUUUCACAAUGUCAGGUGAAUGAACUUGAUGCCUCAUAUUGCAAUCUGACAGCAGAAGGAAUGAAAGCUUUCAAGGGAAACACUCUUAAUGCAAAGUUGGAUAUAUUAGAUAUCAGUGACAACUAUAAUCUUGGCACUGCUGGCUUUGGUGAAGUUGGAUUAGUUGUUUCAAAUUGUGAGGUGAAGGAAUUGCAGGCUCGGAAUUGCAAUCUGACAGCAAAAGAAAUAAGAGCAUUCAAGGAAAACACUGGUAAUGCAGAGUUGGAAAUACUAGAUAUCAGUUUGAAUGAUAAUCUUGGCACUGCUGGCUUUGGUGAAGUUGGAUUAGUUGUUUCAGAAUGUCAGGUGAAGGAAUUCAAAGCUUGGGAUUGCAAUCUGACAGCAGAAGAAAUGAAAGCAUUCAAGGAAAACACUAGUAAUGCAAAGUUGGAUAUACUAGAUGUCGGUUGGAACAAGAAUCUUGGCACUUCAGGCUUUGGUGAAGUUGGAUUAGUUGUUUCAAAAUGUCAGGUGAAUGAAUUCAGAGCUCCAAGAUGCAAUCUGACUGCCGAAGGAAUGAAAGUAUUCAAGGAAAACACUCGUAAUGCAAAGAUCGACAGCUUGGAUCUGAGUUUGAACAAAGUCAGCAAACUCGGAGAUGAAGGAUUAUCUGCAAUCAGUGAAAUUGUUCAUCGAUGCCGGGUUGAAAAUUUGUACAUGUGGUUUUGCUACUUCAACGAGGAUCAGUUGGAAAGAUUCAAAGCAUUGAUUGCUGAUACUGGGGUUAAAUUUCUUCGCUAGUCACAGACGCCGUCUGAGAUAAUCACUUUUCGUUUUGUUUCAAAAUUUUCGAGCAAUUUGUUUUUAAUUAUUUUUUUCAAUUCUGUCUAUAAUGUUUAGCAAGUAUGGUCCGUUUAUCGCAUUAUGUCCUAUGGAAAUUUCUUUUGAUUUUCAUUUAUUUCAUCAAAUAUUUCAUAAUGACCGUUACUACAACCUGGCUAUUUGACCAGACAUUUUAUGCCCACGGAUUGCCGUGUUAGACUAUUAAUGCUUUUAUAUUUUCGUAAGUAUGAAAAUACGAAUCAAAAAUUAAUUAUCUAGCAUUUUACCACACAUUUUAUGUCAACAGAUAGCCGUGAAAUUUUAGAGUAGCAGGCUGGCUAAUGCUUUUAUUUUUAACCAUGAGUUAUGUUGAAAAGAGCUAAAUCAAUACGGCAAGGCAUGCUGGUAUCGGUCAUAGAUUUGAAUAUUUUGCUCAACAGAAAAUCAUCCUAAUAAAAAGUUGAUACUUUAAAAUAUUUGCCAAAAAGCGGAAAAAGUAUGAAUUAUAUUUUCAAUAAAUCAACUUGUUUUUUCCGACUUGCGACAGACAAUUCAUUGGGUAUCGUAACAAUUGCAGCUUUACAUAAUUUUUAAAUUUUCGACGUAAUGCAAAUGAAUGUGUACCCAAACACUGUUGCUGAAGAGGCAACCAGCAAAAAUAAUAAAAUACCAUUGAGCGCAAAACAUGGAGUAGCAAUCGAAUGCUGGCUGUACGCUUGACAUAAAUGAUAUUCCCCAAUAAAUUUUCCAAUGCCAAUAAAAAUACUUUAUUAGAUGGAACCAUUUUUGAACAAAGAUGUAACAUCUCUUCCUCAAGGCUGGUUUCAAGCCGAUAUGGCCGCUUUUAUCAAAUUGGGCACCGCACCCUGCGCUAGUCUUUUCCUGUAUUAUUUAUCUGUAUUAUGAGGUACAAAAUACUGCUGAAAACGUCAAAUAUAAAGUGAAAUAAUCUUUCUCAUAAUAUUAAUUUGUUAUGCAUGGUAAAUUUAGUAAAUUAUCGUUCUGUCGCCAUUAGCAAUUAAAAGACUCAACAGUUUGUCAAUGCCUUCCUAUAGAACGCAAAAUUGCUGAAGCUGUUGAUUUUAAAUGAAUUUGCUGAUAAAAUGGCUAGAAAAGUAUUUUUCUGAAAGAGUAUAAUGAAAUCGUCUAUUUUGCAUUUCUUGAUGUUAAAAGUAAAACAAUAAAAACAUCCUAUUACUUUAAAUUUGUUUUAUAGCAAGUAUUAAAUGUUUAUUUUUUUUAUAUAAAGACCCAUAAAUUUCAAUAUGAAGAGUAGGGGGUCUGCCAUCAGAUUUCUAAUUGGGCCCCGCAGAACCUAGCACCUGCUCUUUCGU